AUGAAUAUUUGUACCUUUAGCAAAGCAAUCACCAUUAAAGAGUUGUACCUCAUUGGGGCCCAAUUUUGCAUUAGCCCAUCUUUAGUGUGAAGUGGGAGACGGAAAGAAGUGUGACUUGACCGUUGUUACUGUGUCAUUUCCCAAAACUAGCCGUUGCUCUCUGCUUUGUUUUUCAAUUGUCAUAAAAACCCUAACUAUAUUACUUUCUCCCCCAAACAAUCAAUCAAACAUUCAAACCAAUUUGUUAGAAACUUCAAAAUCAUUUUUCUUUGUUUUUUGAAAUCAGAUUUAGGAUAUGGCGUCAAGAACAGCGUCGAAAGACAUAAUCACGCUUCGUGGUUCAGCCGCAAUCGUCAGUGAAUAUUUCGGUUAUGCAUCUAAUAGCAUUUUGUACAACAGAGGAGUAUAUCCUGAAGAAAGUUUUAAAAAAGUGAAGAAAUAUGGACUCACAAUGUUGCUUACUGAAGAUGAAGGUGUCAAGACCUUCAUUUCCAACUUGACUGCCCAACUCGCCGAGUGGUUGGAAACUGGAAAGCUACAAAGGGUGGUUCUUGUGAUCAUGAGCAAGGCCUCCGGUGAGGUAUUAGAGAGGUGGAAUUUCAGUAUCGAAACUGAUAGCGAGGUUGUUGAGAAAGGCGUUUCAAGAGAGAAAAGUGAUAAAGAAAUAAUGAGGGAAAUUCAAGCAAUUAUGAGGCAAAUAGCGUCCAGCAUCACUUAUUUGCCUUGCCUUGAGGAACCAUGUGUGUUUGACGUAUUAGCAUACACUGAUACCGAUGUUGCAGUUCCAUUCACUUGGAUUGAGAGUGACCCUAAACUGAUUGCAAAUCCACAAAUGGUGAAACUGCACUCUUUUGACACCAAGAUUCAUAAGGUUGACACUUUGGUUUCGUAUAAAAAUGAUGAUGAAUGGGAUGAGUCCUAGAUCAUCCGUGUUGUACUUUUACUUUGGUUGUCAUUGUUGUACUUUACUUUUGGUUUUCCUUGUGAAUCAUUGAUUCACAUUUUGUAUGUUGAUUGUGUAAACCUUUGAAAUCUCUGUUAGUAUCUUCAAUGAAGUCUGAACAAAUUUGAACAA